AUGGCAGACCCUACAUGGCGUAUUCGAAGCGACGCUAAGCGCCAGGCGAUCCUCGAUGCCAUCCCCCAGAAAUGGCGUCUGACAGAGCCCGUUCCUCCACCCACCGAGGUCCGAGAUGUCACCGGAAGUUAUAUCUGCAAGUACCUCGAUGCGCAGGAAAUCGAGAUUACAGAGUCAGACGCGGUUGACAUCGCUGCAAAGACAACGACCGGCCAAUGGUCUGCUGUAAAAGUGACCGAGGCCUUCUGUCAUCGCGCUGCACUGGCGCAUCAACUGGUUAGCUGUCUUCAUGAGAUAUUCUUCGAUGCUGCCAUCGAAGAUGCAAAGAAGCUGGACCAAUAUUUCGCAGAACACAAAGCUCCCAUAGGCCCUCUGCACGGCCUCCCCGUCAGCCUGAAGGACCAAUUCCACGUGAAAGGAGUCGAGACGACGAUGGGCUAUGUGGGCUGGAUAAACACGUUCCAGGGUAUCCCGAAUGACCCUCGGCGUGGCACCGAAGAAAGCGAGCUUGUCCGCGAGCUACGCAGUCUCGGCGCAGUCCUCUACUGCAAAACGAGCGUCCCGGCGACGCUAAUGUCCGGUGAAACGGUGAAUAAUAUUAUCGGAUACACAUGGAACCCCAAGAACCGGCUUCUAUCCUGCGGCGGCAGCUCUGGUGGUGAAGGAGCGCUCCUUGCCCUCCGCGGAUCGCCUGUUGGGUUUGGCAGCGAUAUUGGUGGCAGUAUACGGAUUCCGGCUGGCUUUAAUUUCUUAUAUGGUCUUCGUCCGUCCUCGGGACGGAUUCCGUAUCAGGGUGUUGCGAACUCGAUGGAUGGUCAGAACAGCCUGCUUUCUGUCCUUGGGCCGCUGGCGCCCACGGCCAGGUCCCUGACGUUUGUUUUCAAGAGCGUGUUGAGUACGGAACCUUGGUUCCAUGAUCCGCUGGUUUUGGAGCUUCCAUGGCGGGAUGUUAUGGUGGAUCAGACGCGUGAGUUGAUCCAAAAAAGCAAAGACAGCACGUCUUUGGCGUUUGGUAUUAUGUACUACGAUGGCUUUGCCCGGAUCCAUCCGCCCAUUCAUCGCGGUAUGAAGCUAGUCGAACAGACUUUGAAGAGACUGGGACAUACGGUGAUCCCUUGGACUCCCCCCUCUCAUGCAAAGGCCCACGAUCUUGCUAGUGAGAUCUAUGGUAUGGAUGGUGGCGUCGACCUGCGGCACCAUUUCGGUCUUUCCGGCGAGGAGCAGGCACCACAGGUUAUUGUUGACCAGGAUGGUGUUGAGAUGAAAGCGUCUGCAAUCGCCCAGCUCAAUAUUGCUAAACGGGAGUACCAGAAGGAAUACAUGGACUACUGGAACAGCACUGCACAGCUAACAGGCACGGGUCGACCAGUGGAUGGCUUCAUCUGCCCUAUCGCACCGCAUGCUGCUGUUAUCCCACAGCAGUACAGGCACGUGGGCUAUAGUUCCUUCGUUGACGUUCUAGACUAUCCCAGUGUCACUAUCCCGGUUACCCACGCCAACAAGAGUGUCGACGUCCGUCCCGCGAAUGCGCCUGCUGCUAGUCUAGAGCCGCAUGUUGAAUGGGAUUACGAUGCCGACACGUAUGAUGGAGCACCAGUAGCAGUUCAGCUAGUCGGACGCCGGUUACAGGAAGAGAAGAUGCUGACGCUUGCCGAAUACAUUGGCGAAGAGAUUGCUCGGGAGUUAAAGAAGUGA